UUUCUAGUUAUUUUGCUUUGGCGGAAUCUGUACACCUAAAUAUGCACACCUAAAUCUGUACACCUAGGCGGAAUCUGUACACCUAAAUCUUUGGACGGAAGGAAUAGGAACUACUCGCGGAUGCAGAAGACUUCGAAGCGCGGAUUAGGCAUCUGCAGAUCUAGCGUGACCUUUUCAAAACGGAGUGAACACAGAGACGCGCACUGACUCCAUUUGAACCGAUGAGACCAGCAGUUUUUUAAGCGGCCCAAGUCAAGCGUUUAAUAGAUCCAGUCUCUAAUGUGCAAACUAUCAGUCUUCUCUCCUCCUGUAUAGAAGUACAUGCACAACGCCGGGUGCGCGCGCGUAUACGGGCCAGCGACACUUCCGGUUUCCGUGCAUUUUGCUGUGUAUCCUGCACUUAAAUAGUUGUGCGACUCAUCGCGCAGCAGGACGCCAACCCCGGCCCAGUGCUCGUACAAACUACAGAUCACGCAGGAAAACUGUCAUAGAGUUCCUUCCUUUUUGAAGUAGGUGUGCUGGUGGAGAAUUGGCGCAAAUUAAACUAUCUCAUCAUGGCCGCGUGUCGAGUGCGCACCGGAGCGUUGUUAUCAUUUACAACUUUUGCCGCUCUUGCAGCCGAUCAAUUGCGGAAUAUCAUGUGUUGACGGAGAUAUGCACAGGCAAUUGACCAUUUGCCGGGAUCCACUGCACUGCCAUAUUGUGCUUGAGUAUGGCCGGAUUAUUGCCGAAAAAAUCCCAUUUGCGGUCAUUCCUCAAGUGCUCUGAUUCUUUUCUCUUCCAAUACGAGACGCCGCGCUUAGUCACCGUCCGGAGCGCCCGGAUCGGGAUUAUCUACCGUGUGGUCCAAGCCUGUAUAAUUUCUUAUUUGAUUGGAUACGUAUUUGUAUACACCAAAAGCUAUCAGGAAUUCGAUUUGGCCGAGAGCAGUGUCGUAUCGAAGAUCAAGGGCUUAAUGUAUGCACGGGGAUUAGAAGGGCGGAAAGAAAUUUGGGACAGUAUUGAUUUUGUUGUUCCGGCACAGGAAAGUGAUGCUUUUUUUAUUGCUACAAGUAUGGUGCUCACCGUGAAUCAGAGUCAGGAAGCAUGUCCAGAGGAUCCUAACGUAUCGCGAAAGGGUGUCUGGUGCGAGACGGACGCCGACUGUACACCGGGUCAGCCCACUCCCGGUGGGAAUGGUCGAAAAACGGGACGUUGCGUCAACUGGGACAAGGAGAUUAAGACGUGCGAAGUGAACGCCUGGUGUCCGACGGAAACGGACAAAACACCCAAGAAACCUAUCCUGCAUGGACUGGACAGUGUGACGGUGCUGGUGAAGAAUCAUAUUGCCUUUCCCAAGUUCGGUAUUAAAAGGCGAAAUAUUUUGGAUUCCAUCAACCAAACAUACUUGCAGUCGUGCCGGUAUAAUCGCGACACGGACCCGCUGUGUCCCAUCUUCAACGUUAAGGAUAUGAUCAUGUAUGCCGAUGAGGAUGUGCAGGAGAUCUCGACGCGGGGUGGUAUACUUGGUUUCACAAUAUCAUGGAACUGCAAUUUCGAUUUUGAUCAAGAACAAUGCAUUCCGGUUUAUUCGUUCCGCCGUCUGGAUGAUAAAAAUGCCAAGAUUGCCAAAGGAUGGAAUUUUCGGACAGCGCAUUAUUAUUACGACUAUAACGGCACUACGCGUAGAGAUCUCGUGAAGCUGUGGGGCAUUCGCUUUGUGUUUAAUGUCAACGGUCGUGCAGGGAAAUUUUCGCCGGUGAACUUUUUGUUAAAUCUUGGAUCUGGGAUCGGACUGUUAGGAAUUGCAUCCGUAGUAUGCGAAUUCGUCCUGCUCAAUUGUGUGCGAUCUAACGACGAUCUACUGGAACAAAAAUUCACCAACCUGGAGCAAAUCAAGACAGUACGACGCCAAUCCGCCGUGAAUCUCAGUUCUUUAAAUCUCCGCCAACUGGACGGAUCGAACAAUGCCAGCUCGGCCCGACUGGAUCGACUGGUCGACCGCGACUACCUUUCAGUUACCUCUAAUCACAUAUACGCCAAUACGGACUACAGCGCCACCCUUCCGCGUCGCCAUCCUCCCAUUGCCAAUGCGGACGAGAUAUGAAAUGCACAAAUAUUCCACCGCCUUGUAGUUCAGAGCUUCUCUAUGUACACUUGUCGCUUUCCUCAUAAGCCUAUUAUAACUUUGUUAUAUACAAUACAUAAUGAAAUAACUAUUACAGCAUUUGUAACUUUAAUUAGCGUGCCAUUUGUUACGGCCUCGGUAAAGGUCAUUCGGGGAAUGGUUUAUCCCAGUGAUGUAGUCUUUCGUUAAGUGACGGCCUCUUUAGAAAGAAACGUACUAGUAAAGAGGUUGACGCGCGAGAUUGCUGAUUAACCGAUGGUGCGCUGUGAAUAAAAUUGCCAUUUUAUUGAAAAUUCUAACUGCAGUAUGCUCUUUGCUUUCAUUUGUACAGAGUACAACACCGUGCGACGUGAGUAUCGAAAAUUUCCAUUAAUAAU